AUGACGAGACACCCCUGGGCCAUCCAGCCGCUGAAGGUGCCGCCCGGAUCAGAAGUUGACUUCGGCGUGGAGAUUGACAAUGUAGACUUAGAGCACUUGACAGAUGAUGAGUUUACCACUAUUCGAGAUGUUCUCUAUCAUCAGCACAUUGUGGUCUUUAAAAACCAACAGAAUCUCUCGCCAAGGGCGCAGUACGAACUUACGAAGCGCUUCGACCCGGACACAGAUAAUUAUGGCCAUAAGUCAACAACGAAAUAUUUUCGAGGCCUGCCAUGCCAGCCACAAGUCAUGUUAAAAGGGAAUGGCUUUCUUGAGUCCUACCGAGGGCUUGAGAACGUCACCCUGAGACAUCCUAACCACCGUCAAUUCCAUCGGGAUCAUCUUCCAGAGGAGAAAGACCUGAGCUGGACGCGAUUCUAUCGAUGGCAUAUCGACGCCGCCCUCUAUGAUUCUUAUCCUCCCAAGGUUACAACCCUGAUGGCAGUGCAGUUGCCCCAGGGCCCACCGCAGACCAUCCAGUACGAUGAUGGCUCGGGGGAAACCCUCGAAGCGUCUCUGGCGCCGACGGCGUUCAUUAGUGGUCAGAAGAUGUUCGAACUGCUCUCCGCGGAAGACCAGGAGUUUGUCAAAACAAGCCGGGUCGAAUAUGCACCGCAUCCAUACAAAUGGAUCAGCAAAGCGCGAGCCCUCCCCACGGGCCUCGGCCUAUACACAGAAGGCCGUGAACUUCCCGACACUGAACUCCCCCCCAUUGACCUCUCCAAAAUCCAGAUCUUGCCCAUGCCCUGGCAAAACCCGGUGACGGGCAAGCUAUCGCUCCAGAUACAUCCAUCUUGCGUGCGGAAGAUACAUCGAGCCGACGGCAGCGUGAUCGAUGACCUGGCUCAAGUUCGUGACAUUGUUUAUCGGUUACAACGCCCGGCUAUAAGUCCACAGCAUGUCUAUGCCCAUGACUGGGCCGAAGGGGAUAUGAUACUAUUCAACAACCAGGGUGUUCUUCAUACGGUUGUAGGGACUUUGCGGCCUGACCAACUGAGAGUAUUUAGGCAGUGCAAUCUGGCCGCUUCAGAACCCCCUCAAGGUCCCUAA